AUUAAACGUAUGCUAGCAGCUAGUUUUCGGCUCUCGGGUCGGGGUGGAAGCGACACCACACAUACAUCGCUGGUCGGCUCUGGAAGAGGAAGCGCCGAGCGGAUAAAUUACAGUUUUGUUUGUCGCGGUGGCACCAUCGAAACGGAAUAUCUCGAGCGGUACCUUCCUGUGACCUUUAUGUGAGGUCUAAGCCCUAAAGAAACGGGUCAUCGACGGGAGGAGAGACUCGGGAGAAAAGCGUUCGACCGCAGAAGGCCUGGAUAAGUGUUUUUUUUUAUUUUUUUUAAUCAGCCGCUGAAACACGACUUCAGAAGAGCAGUUUCCAGCACGCGACAAGGACCAUGGAGGCCAUUGCCAAAUACGAUUUCAAAGCCACUGCUGAUGACGAGCUUAGUUUUAAGCGUGGAGAAAUCCUCAAGGUAUUAAAUGAAGAGUGCGAUCAGAACUGGUACAAGGCAGAGCUAAACGGAAAAGACGGCUUCAUCCCCAAGAACUACAUAGAGAUGAAAGCCCAUCCGUGGUUCUUUGGGAAGAUUCCCCGUGCCAAAGCAGAGGAGAUGCUAAACAAACAGAGGCACGAUGGGGCUUUCCUCAUCAGAGAGAGCGAGAGUGCACCGGGGGACUUCUCCCUCUCCGUGAAGUUUGGAAACGACGUCCAGCACUUCAAGGUUCUUCGCGACGGGGCCGGAAAGUAUUUCCUAUGGGUGGUGAAGUUUAACUCUCUCAACGAGUUAGUGGACUACCACCGCUCCACCUCGGUCUCCCGCAAUCAGCAAAUCUUCCUGCGAGACAUAGAGCAGGUCCCCCAGCAUCCCACAUACGUGCAGGCGCUCUUUGACUUUGACCCCCAGGAGGACGGAGAGCUGGGUUUCCGACGCGGCGACUUCAUUCAAGUCCUGGACAACUCUGACCCCAACUGGUGGAAGGGAGGCUGCCACGGCCAAACGGGCAUGUUCCCCCGCAACUACGUCACGCCCGUCAAUCGGAACAUGUAAACAGUCAGACCAUGUAAACAACAACAACAACAACAACAGCCACAACAGCAACCAUCACCACCACCACCACUUCCACCACCUCCACCAUCAUCAUCAUCAUCAUCGUUCUUGAUCUCAUCAGCCCCCCUUCCAACCCCCAACCACCCCUCCACCUCUCGUGGCCAUCCCACAGUAACAGGAGCAGACAGGAAGAACGCAAACAACUGAAAGAGAGAGAGAUAAAACAGGAGUAGUGCUGUCGUAGGCGUCGCUAUGUGGGUGGCAGCUGAGCAAAAAAAUCAACUUUUAUUUGUGCUGAGAAGGUUCGCCUCCCCAGUGAGCGCCUCAGCCAGGAUUGAACUGUCUUUGAGGGAAAUCUAAAUGCAGAGAAACUAAGCAUAGUGCACCAACCGUGAAGAUAACCAAAUGAUUUCUACCGCUCCCACAGCUGCUUCUGUCUUCUCCUUAACUUCUUAACAUUCUGCCUUUCUUUUGUUUUUCUUUCUUUGCCGCAUGUUGUUUUAAUCACCUAAAUGAAAUGCCUACCGAUUAAAAUCCUAACUCUGUUUUAAAGAAAAAAGCAUAAAAAAUAUAAAAAAGAAGAAAUGGUUUAAAAAAAAAUGUACAAAAAAAAAGAAGAGAUGAAACAAAAUGAUGCCAUCAACAAUACAACAAGUUUCCAUGUUUAAGAUCAUUGGCACGUGAGCAUUGUACAUCAGCCGCUGGCUGUAUAAAUAAAUCAAGUAUAGAGAGAAUCCAUUUUUUAAGAAUAUAUAUUAUAUAUUUGUAUGUGUUUGUCUGUUUUACCUCUCAUCACAAAUUGUGUUUUUGUUUUUUUUUUCCAUUUGUAAAUUAUGUUCAAUCUUCUGUUAGUCUGGAUAAGACCUAGUAGCUCUAGAAUGUGCUGAAUUGUCAAGUUUGGUUUUUUUUUUCCUUUUUUAUUUCAAAAACUAUCUGAGGGCUCUCGGAUAAAUACAGCAUGACAUUUAAGGGGUCAUAAGUUCCAUUUGAAAAAAAGGUUUCUCUUGUCUACAACGCAAAGAAAGUAAAGUUAGUUCUCUGAGGAAACUGUCAGUACGCUGAUGUCGACCAGCAAGUAGAGCCAUGAAUGCUGCAAAAGCUGUAUUACGAAGCCCUGUGUAAAGGUCAGCCACCUUUUUUGAAAGCCAAUAUAUUUAUUGCAGCCAUUUUACUUGGGCAGUGAAUGUAGCUGACUGAGUCUAUAGACGUAAACAUGAGGGAAGCAAGGUCGGAGAACUGAACCACACAACCACGCAAGGGAUUUUAAAAGACAUGCUGAAAAAGAAGCGAUGUUCACGUAGAGCGAGCGCGGCGUCUGAGGAAAUGUACAGGCAGUUAACAUGCAUACUCAGAACACACACAUUCAUUACAUGCAUGCAUACACAGACGCUCUCCUCCUUGUUAUACCUGCACGUAGCAGCGAGGCUGAGUUUGGAUAAUCACAUCGUGUUAAUCACCAGUGCAGAUCUGCAGCUGGCACAGUUCAGAAAAACUGAGAGAUUGUCUUUUAUGCUAAAAGUUGAGAGAUCAGCUUCAAUGAUGUAAAAGAUUUUUUAUUUUUUUUUAUUUUACUUUUUGUCCAAUGUGGCGUGUGGUCAAGCACUUUUUUUUUCUUUUUUUUUUUUGUCCAACAUUUUGAUUUUUCGGUCUGGUCCAGUGUGUGUUUGUUUACUGUGUUUGUGUUAUUGUUGGUUUCUUGUUCUCUCUGGAUAGUGCCUUUCUCUCUGGUGUUUCAGUGUCUCCGACCUGCUACUUUGAGCCCCCUUUCCCUUUACUGGGGCCUGCCAGUCCUGCAGUGAGAAACAGUGUACAUAAUCCAAGAUGUCCCAUCCAGCAACACCCU